AUGUCUGGAUAUCAUGAGGGUCAUCUGGUGUCUGGUACACCAGCCGUACACUCCCUGACAAGCCCACACGCGCACACGCACCCGCUGCCGCACCCGCUCCCUCACCCGCACUCGCAUUCGCACAACAAGCCACCAGCCAGCGUGCCUCCCUACCUCUCACCACCCAACGGACGGCCACAGGGCCCGGGCUCUGCAUAUCCCGCCACUGCCACUGUCUCUGCCACUGCCACUGCCCACGACAGCCUGGCCACUGCCCUCCAGGUCCCCAUCACCCCCCACGGCAUCGUGAACACCCCGCCCCAGCUUCAGCAUCAGCAUCAGCAUCAGCAUCAACAUCAACAUCAGCAAGCCCACCAGUCGCCCCAGUCACAGCAUAAUGUCAGACCCCAGACAGCCCAGUACUCGCCUGGAAACAAUGCCUCCUCCGCCAGUCCUCAGAGCCAGCAGCAGCAGCCUCCGACGCCCGCUGCCUCCAUCUCCUCCGCCCCGUCCAAGAAGAACACCCGCAUACCAAGGGCCUGUGAUUUGUGCAGCACGCGCAAGGUCAAGUGUGAAGGCGGAACGCCUCCCUGCGCGCCAUGCAGAGACCUCGGUGUCCCAUGCACGUACGACCGUGUCAAGAAGCGCCGCGGUCCUCCCAAUCGAGCUGCCGAGGCUGCGAGGCAGGCCGAGAAGCGCCAGAAAGUCGACGUCGACGGCCUGAGCGAAUCCAGCCCGCCCCACCAGAAUGCUGCCCAGACUCUGGUCUCGCUGGGGGCCCCAACCACUCCGACAGUCUUGGACGCCGAGCAGUGCAUCGCCCCCCUCGGCAUCCUCAAGCUCUUCGUCGAUGACUUCUAUACCUAUAUAUUCCCCUUGGUGCCCUUCCCCCACGAGCCUACCUUCCGCGCCGCCUUCGAGAGACGGGAGGACCGCACAAAUCCCGACUUCCUAGCCUUGUUGGCCGGCAUGGUUGCCGCUCUGGUGGCCUCCUUUCCACGCUCCGCGCGCCUGCAUCUGAAGGCUUCACACAGCUACGAGAAAUUCCCUCGGGCCGUCAUGCUGGUCGAUCGUUGCGUCAAAGUGGCCCUGGACAUGCGCAACACCGAGACCAUGCUCAAAGACACUGUUACCGUGAAUGACGCCGCCGUCAGCUAUUUUGUCUGCCUGGCCACCGGCUACACCAUGCGCUAUAACCAGUGCCGUCGCUUCAUGGGGGAGUGCCUGCGCUUCCUGCGCGAGAUGGGAUUCCACAGGAGGCGGCCUCCUCCGACGUCUCUCUCCUUGAAUGAGCGCAGUGACGAGCAGCCUAAUGAUUUUAUCACCGAGGAAAUUGGUAAACGAAUUUACUGGACCCUCUUCUUCGGUGUCAGGUCCAUGACCCAGUUAGGUGCUCCGUCUCGCGAUUUGAUCCUCCCGCCACCCACACCGAACGCGACGUACCCUGACUGGCCCCGAGAGGUGGACGAUGCGUACAUUUUACCAGACAGGAUCUUGCCUCAGCCCGAGGGCACCGUUUCCAUCCUGACGGGCUUCGUGAGGUGCAUCCAGAACUAUCAGACCAUGGAUGAACUUGUGCGCAUAGAGCUCGCACACGGCACGUCCGCAUACACCUGGGAGCAGCAGAAACACUAUCUGCACGAGUCUCUUAUCAAGGUCAAGGCUGUCGAGGCCCAGUUUCCACCCGCCUUGAAGCUUGACCUGGGGGCUCACACGCCCACCACGACGCACGCGAAUCUCGUUCAGAAAAGCUCGGCCGGUGCGUCGCCUUACCAAUACGUGCCUCCUGCCUAUCCGAAUACUCAGCCAACGAAUGAUGUUCGCCACCUAUUUGCGGCCGACGAGAACAAGAAACGCCACCUUCAGUAUGAGAUACAAAAGGCCAACCUGUAUGCCUCAAUAGUGGCUACGCGCUCUUAUUAUGUGGAGCGAUAUAUGAACCUACGCGAGAUCUAUCUCGUCAACAGGCGCGCCGAACAAGCCCGCCUGAACGGCCCAGGCGGCAGUGUCAUCUACAGGACAGCCCCCGACAUGUCUUCUUCGUCACUGGCCGCGGCCGCAGUACAAGCUGUCAGCGGGCAGGUCAAUGACGAUAUUGAUGAAAUGUUCUUUGCGGAGCGUGAUGAGAUUGUGCACAAUUUCUUCACUGUGUUGAUGUCGAUUGAUCAGCGCAACAUGGAGCCGAACGGUGCUUCGCUCAUCAGCAAGAUCCGGCAGGUUGCGAGCACGCUGCUCGGCGAUCCAGACGACCGCAAGCGCUCGUAUGAGCUUCAGAACGAAGAGUAUCUGCGGAUGUUUCUGGAAAUAUUGACACGGUUAGAAAAGACGACCACUGGCGCAGCUCCAAGCCCCGGUGGACACACGGCCGGCACGAUGACCUCCGAGGACGAGGAGAUGGAGCUUCGUAACUGGGCCGACCUACGUGAACAUCAGCAGAAAAUGGCACAAAUUGCCUACAUCUUUUAG